AUGGGGUACACGAAAUUUGGGAUUCCAGUGGUUAAGGAAGUCGAUGGCGGAGUUAUUUGUGCUGGAUUCAGUGGACAUGGAAUGCCUCGCAUCUUCCUCUCUGCAAAAGAAGCGGCAAGACUUAUUCUUCAGCUGAAUGAAGCACAAAUUACACCGUCUGGAUUUGAUCAAGUGCGACGCAUAACACCUGAUGAUAUUUGA